AUGAGUGAGGUGCAGCUCCUGGUCGUCCUGCCACAGGCCAGGACGCUGCGCUACGGCGUAGCAGGUCCAAUUAUAACCAUCAUCCAACGGGACCCAGCCUGCUACGUCGUCCCGAUAUCGCCUCCCUCGACCCAGUACGUCGAGACGGAAGAGUGUGAAGAGGAGAUGAGGGCGUAUGAGGUGGAGGACGAGGUGGACGACGUAAGUUAUACUAAAUGA